UUCACCUUGCAGAAUUACUUCAUCCGUAGUCGUCGUUACGGCCUCUCUGGUCUGCAAUUUCCUUCUUCUACCUUUCCUCCUCCUAAAACCAAUCGAUUUCCAGUCCUGUAAAACGUACGCCCGACUGUGAAAGAAAAUUGAAGAGCUUCAAAAAGCUGGCUUCUAUCAGAUCUUUUCCUUUGAAUUCGUUUAUUUGAUAUCUUUUGGAUUUUAAUUCCCUCCGGUAGCCGAGAUGUUGGAGAAGAUCGGAUUGCCGGCUAGGCCGUCUCUUCGAGGGAACAACUGGGUGGUGGAUGCUUCUCAUUGUCAAGGAUGUUCGUCUCAGUUCACCUUCAUCAAUCGCAAGCAUCAUUGUCGGAGGUGCGGGGGAAUAUUUUGCGGUAGUUGCACGCAGCAGAGAAUGGUUUUGCGUGGACAGGGUGAUUCUCCUGUGCGCAUAUGCGAACCUUGCAAAAAGCUAGAAGAAGCUGCAAGGUUUGAGCUUCGGCAUGGACACAAAAGCAGAACUGGAAGAGGUAGCUUGAAGUCAACAAAGCCUGAGGAUGACAUUUUGGCCAAGAUUCUUGGUAGUGAUAGAAAUGAAUCAUCAUCUUCUGUGCAAGAAUCAAAUGCCAACAGUUCUUCAACUAUUGGAAGGACUACCACUGGUGUACAGAGUUCAAAUACUCCAGAGUUCAUAAACCUUGAUGGGGAAGGAGAGGCAUCCAGUAGUUUAACUAAUCAUCUGGAGAAUAAAAUGGAAUCUAGUAGUCCGGAGCAAUUGCGCCAGCAAGCUGUAGAUGAAAAAAAGAAAUAUAAAGUUCUUAAAGGAGAAGGCAAAUCUGAGGAAGCAUUAAAAGCUUUUAAGAGAGGAAAAGAGCUCGAGAGAAAAGCUGACGCUUUGGAAAUUUCCAUAAGAAAAAGCCGCAGAAAAGCUUUAACUUCUGGUAAUGCAGGUGAAGACCAAAAUAUAGGUGGCUCAUCUGGUAGGAACAUGAAACCUAGUCUACAAAGUAGUAAAGAAAAGCAUGACCUUAAUGCUGAACUCAGAGAACUUGGAUGGUCUGAUAUGGAUAUUCAUGCCGAGGAAAAAAAAUCAGCUACAAUGAGUUUAGAGGGUGAACUAUCUUCUCUUCUUGGGGGGGUCUUACAAAAAACUGAUAAAGCUAAGAGUGUUCAUAGCAUUGAUAAUACCCAGGUUGUUGCUCACAAAAGAAAAGCUCUAAUGUUGAAACGUGAAGGCAAGCUAGCAGAAGCCAAGGAGGAACUUAAGAAAGCUAAAGUUUUAGAAAAGCAGCUUGAAGAACAAGAACUCUUGGGUGGGGCUGAUGAGGAGUCAGAUGAUGAGCUAUCUGCAUUGGUGCGUAGUUUGGAUGAUAAUAAACAUGAAGAUAUUUCAUUUCAGUACAAGGGAAAUCUUGAUCUUGAUCUUGAUAAUCUUUUAGGGGCUGCUAAUAAUAUCAUUUCGGACAUUAACUUUGAAGUGACAGAUGAGGACAUGGAAGAUCCAGAAAUUUCUGCUGCUUUAGAAACCUUAGGAUGGACUGAGGAUUCCCAACCUUCUGCUUCCAGGGAAUCAAUAAAAAGUGAAAUAAUUUCCUUGAAAAGAGAGGCUCUCAAUCAAAAGCGUGCAGGCAAUAUUGCAGUGGCUAUGGAACAGCUUAAGAAAGCCAAGAUGCUCGAGAGAGACCUUGAAAACUGCAGCUCUCAAGAAGAUAGCCAUGUUUCAGGCGGUGGCACUGUUGAAACAACAGAAGUCCUGAUUCCUAAACUUCCUUCAAAAAGUAAAUUAGCUAUCCAGAAAGAGCUUCUUGCUAUAAAAAAGAAAGCCCUGGCUUUAAGAAGGGAAGGAAGGUUGGACGAGGCAGAAAAAGAAUUGAACAAAUGCAAGGUCCUUGAAGAACAACUUGAACAAGCGGCUGAUGCUUCAAGGGGGAACAUCAGAGAGGUGGGUGUUGGUAUUGGGAGCAAGGAUCCAGAUUUUCUCUCUAAGGAUCUCAAUAGAAAUUUGCUAGAUGUGGAAGUGGUUGAAGAUGUAACAGAUCAAGAAAUGCAUGACCCUGAAUAUCUUUCCGUUCUUAAGAACUUAGGUUGGAAUGACAAAGAUGAUGAAUUGGUCCCUUCAAAGCCCUCUAAACAAGAUGAUUUACUUCCUGCGGAACCAAGUGAGACAUCUGCAAAUGAUUCUCCUGAAUACGCAGUUAAGCCACUAAGAAAAAAAGCUGAAGUCCAAAGAGAGCUUUUGAGAUUGAAAAGAAAGGCUCUCUCUCUUAGACGCCAAGGGGAGACUGAGGAAGCAGAGGAAGUGCUGAUAAGGACAAAGGCCUUAGAAGCUGAGAUGGAGGACAUAGAGCGUAGGGAUAGAGUUAGGACUGUAUAUAGUGGGAACCAAGAGAACAUUCACAAAGCCCCUUCUGGAAGGUUGGUUGAUGAAGGUGAUGGUGGUGAUGUCACUGAGGAAGAUAUGAACGACCCAACAUUACUGUCUGUUCUACAGAAUUUGGGAUGGAAUGGUGAUGAAGUUGAACCGCCGGUAAAUAAGCAGGUCAAGCCAAUUAACGAGGAUGCAAAACCAACUGUUAACCAAUCAUCUUCUACAAUCAAUGUUGCUGCACCACAAAGUAGAAGUGAAAUUCAGAGAGAGGUUUUAAAUUUGAAAAGAAAGGCUCUUGCCUUUAGAAGGAGAGGAGACAUUGCUGAGGCUGAGGAAGUCUUGGAAAGGGCAAAGGCGUUGGAGAUCCAAAUGGAUGAACUGGAUACUCCAAAACCAACAGGCGUCUUUGAUGCUGCUGACAAAUCUGACGUUCUUAGAGCAUUGAAGGGAGAUGAAUUGCUAGACCGUGUGAAGGAUGUGGGGGAGGUAGGCAAUGGAUCAGAACAAGUUGCAGAGGGUCUGAAGGAUGAAGUACCAGAUCCGUCUUCGAAUUUAAAAUUUUCCAAAGGCGAUUCAGUUCAUUACCGUCAAUCUGAUCGCUUAAAUUCUAAGGAGCGCCAAGCCUCGUUUAGAGAAGGUGCUUCAGGUGGAAAUACUUCUCUGGAAGGUAAUGGACGACAAGGUGACUUAUCAAUCCCUCGUUCCGAUGUGUUAUCUAAUGCUGCUGAUCGUUCCACAGAAGUUGGAUUCCAGGCAAUUUCUACUGCUCCAAACCAAGAUCAUUUCAGCAUCAGAAACCAAGACGAUGUACUUCGUCAUGAAGGAAAACAGCGUUACCAGGCAGACAAAUCCUCUCAGGACCCUAGUUCUCACAGCAGCGAAAGUUUCUUGCGCCAAGAAAUUUUGGCUCACAAGAAGAAGGCAGUUACAUUAAAGAGAGAAGGAAAACUGUCAGAAGCUCGUGAAGAACUUCGACAGGCAAAGCGUUUGGAGAAAUCACUGGAGGAAAACACUGGUCAGGUUCAACUUAAUUCAAAAAGUUCGACAAUCUCCACAAACAAUGUACCUUCACCUGACCGCAAGGAAUCUAGCACAUCAACUGUGGAACAGAAACCAUCGCCUGACCAGAAGCAGGGCAGCCCAUCAACCAUGGAACAGAAACCAAUGUCUGCUCGUGACCGCUUCAAGUUGCAGCAGGAGUCACUCAAGCACAAGCGACAGGCUCUGAAAUUUCGUAGAGAGGGUCGAACCGAAGAAGCUGAUGCAGAGUUUGAGAAGGCUAAGGCCAUUGAAAAUCAGUUAGAGCAGUUUACUGACCCAGCAAAAUCAUCUAUGAAUGGAGAAGAGCAUGCAGGAGAUGUAAGUGUUGAGGAUUUUCUCGAUCCUCAGCUGCUCUCUGCUUUGAAAGCUAUUGGUUUGGAAAAUCCAGCUCCAAGCAUAUCUAGGGGUCAACAAGAAACACUAAAGCCUCCACCAAGAGUCAGCACUGAUAAAAUGGAAAAUACAGACUUAGAAAGAAAUCAACUGGAAGAACGUAUCAAAGCAGAAAAGGUGAAGGCAGUGAACUUGAAACGUCAGGGAAAGCAAGCUGAGGCCUUGGAUGCUUUGCGGCGAGCCAAACUUUAUGAAAAGAAGUUGAAUUCCUUUGCUUCGAAUUGAUAGAUAUGUUAAGCUUUCUCUGCUUAACCUAUACGACCCUGGACUGGAUUGCUUUGAAAGCAAAUUGUGCGAGAUAUUGAGUGCUUCUUUCAACUGAUUCUCCAUAUAAGGUCCAUCGUCAUUUGAAAAUGUACCAUCAUUGAACUGGAUUAUCAUGCUAAGAUUGUGUCAUAGUUAUGAUAAACACGACUUGAAACAGAACGAAAUUAUUCUUCCAUCAA